CCCCCUCCCCACAAAGCCCCCUGUCACCCCGACUGAGUUCCUGACACCAGUAUCUGUCUCCUCGGACCACGACUACUGUCUAUCUCAGGAUCAACCAGGAAGUAAUACUACUAUGUUAUGCAGCAAAGGCAAACCAUACUCCCCGACCACCAACCAAUUCCCAACCCCUCCUCAGUGCCUGGCACGCAGAACUCUGGGAAAUAUUUGCGCCAGCAGCAGCCAGUGGACUCCAGGACUGUUCCAGAGACACAACUUCCCUCAGACUCUGCUCCGCCAUCUACAGAGAGCUCCCCCUCUAGGACGGACGCCAUUACUGCAGGGGAGACACAGGAAGAGAGAACCAGCCCCUGCAUCCCUCCUCCUUCACCCAGUCCCCCUUCCAGAGGUAGGAGGUCGUCCCGGCGCUAUCGGACAAGGUCUUCAUGCUCGGACUCUAGCUCUAGGUCCCCUUCUUCGUCGUCAUCUUCCUCAUCCUCCUCCUCUCGAUCCAGGUCUCGCACUCCACCCCGAAAGAGGUUCUGUCCCAGGCGUUCUGAAAGCAGCUCCUCGUCCUCUUGCUCCAGCUCCGUCUCCCGUUCCCCGGUUCCCUGCCGGUACCGGCUCCCCUACCCACAGUCCUGGAACCGCUCUCGGUCCACAUCACAGUCCUGGACUCAGUCUGGUUCCAGAUCUCGGUCCAGAUCCCCCACCACACUGGCCUACAGCAGGGCCCAGAGGUGGAGGGAUUGCUACAGCUCCAACAACAUCAGGGACUCCAGGAAACGAAAGAGACAACAAGAUAUGAGAAGUCAAAAACUGAAAGCCAUAGACGAGCGCAGGGUGGUGUACGUGGGCCGCAUCCAGAGGACCAUGAUGCACGCGGAGCUGAGAGAACGCUUCUCUCUGUUUGGAGAGGUGGAGGAAUGCACCCUGCACUGUAGAGACAGGGGGUGAGUCUCUCUCUGCAUCAAAAGAGAU